AGAAGGCGAACCGUCUGAUACGCUGUCGUUCCAACCUUCGUACAGGCCGGUAUCCUGAAGCUGCUGGGAAAAGUACACUUGAAGUUUGGUGUAUUUGGCCCUCAGGACUGACCGAAGAAAUUUUUCCAAUACAUUUUCGUUCGAGAGCCUGCACCGCCGCCUGCUGGAGCUCGGGUUGUACGAGCUCGCUUCCGCGUCCAGCUUCGCAACGAAACAGCCUGACACGUGGCUGCGGGUGAGCGUGAUUCCGUGAUUUACUAUCCGUGUGGCCACAGGUGUGUUGUGGGAUUCCUGCUGCCCUCGGACUGCCUCUCCGGCUCCUCCCGUCUCCACGGCAGCAGGGCUUGGCCGCCCCGGCGCCAGGAUGUGGCACGAAGCCCGCAAGCAUGAGCGCAAGCUGCGCGGCAUGAUGGUGGAUUACAAGCGGCGGGCGGAGCGGCGGCGCGAGUACUACGAGAAAAUCAAAAAGGACCCGGCCCAGUUCCUGCAGGUCCAUGGGAGAGCGUACAAGAUCCACUUGGACUCUGCUGUGGCUCUGGCUGCCGAGAGUCCAGUGAACAUGAUGCCUUGGCAAGGGGAUGCCAACAACAUGAUUGACAGGUUUGACGUGCGAGCCCACCUGGACUACAUUCCCACCUACACCCCUCCGCUCCUCAGCACAGUAACGCCGGAGCAGGAGUCAGACGAGAGGAAGUGCAACUAUGAGCGAUACAGGGGACUGGUGCAGAACGACUUUGCCAACAUCUCGGAGGAGCAGUGCCUGUACCAGAUCUACGUGGACGAGCUGUACGGGGGCCUGCAGAAGCCCAACGAGGAGGAGAAGAAGAAGCUGGCUGAGAAGAAGGCCACUAUCGGCUACACGUAUGAGGACAGCACUGUGACGGAGGGCGAGGGCCUGUCUGACCGGGGAGAGGACGAGGACUCCGAGAACAGCGACACCGACGAGGAUGGGGUCAUCCCUGACAUCGAUGUGGAGGUGGACGUGGACGAGCUGAAUCAGGAGCAGGUGCUGGAGCUGAACAAGCUGGCCACGCCCUAUGGCAUGGCAGAGGGAGACUUUGUCAGGAUGCUGAGGAAGGACAAGGAAGAGGCAGAAGCCAUCAAACAUGCCAAAGCUUUGGAGGAAGAGAAGGCCAUGUACUCGGGCCGGCGCUCCCGGAGGCAGCGGAGGGAGUUCAGAGAGAAGAGGCUGAAGGGCAGGCAGAUCAGCCCACCCAGCUAUGCCAGGAGAGACAGCCCCACCUACGACCCCUACAAACGGUCCCAGAUGGAGUCGAGCUCGGAGUCGCGGUCCCGCUCCCGCUCCCACAGCCCCGGGCAGGAGAAGAUCACCUUCAUCACCAGCUUCGGGGGCAGCGACGAGGAGGGCACAGGCCCCGCCAGCGCGCCCGGCCGCGCGCCUGCAGCCUCCAAGCACCACGCCGCCCCCCCCGCCCCUCCCGCUACAUCAGGUCAUAGCAGCUCUUCCCGACGGCGCUCGUCCUCCACCAGCUCUUCCUCCUCCUCCUCCUCCUCCUCCUCGUCUUCCUCCUCCUCCUCCUCCUCGCGGUCGUCCCGCUCCUCGUCUCGCUCCAGCUCCAGGUCGCGGAGGGGUCGCCGGCGGGCCGGGCGGUACUCGCGGUCGCGGUCCCGGUCCCGGUCCAGGUCCAGGUCCCGGUCACGCUCCCGGGGAGGAGCAGGAGGGUACCGGCGCCACCCCCGGACUCACUCGCGCUCCGCAGACAGGGGGCGCCGCUACACUGCCCGCCGGCGCACCAGGUCGCGCUCGCGCUCCAGGUCCCGGUCCCGCUCGGCCAAUCGGUACAGGAGGGGCAGCCGCGGAGGGGGUGCCCGGCGGGCGAGCAGCAGCGCCAGCCCCGCCGAGUCCCCCUCGCCCAGCCGCUCGCCCUCCCCGCGCCACGCCCCCCCCACCGCAGCCGGCCUCGGGGACAAGCUGAGAAAGCCUGACAAUCCUGGUGGUAAAGAGACUGGAGCUGCCAAACCCAAACUGACCCCCCAAGAGAGGCUGAAGCUCCGCAUGCAGAAGGCGCUUAACAAGCAGUUUAAGGCUGAUAAGAGGGCGGCUCAGGUGAAGAUCCAGCAGCAGGAGCACGAGAGACAGGAGCGCGAGGACGAGCUGAGGGCCAUGGCUCGCAAGAUCCGGAUGAAGGAGCGGGAGCGCCGAGAGAAGGAGCGCGAGGAGUGGGAGAGGCAGUAUGGGAGACAGAGCCGGUCCCCCUCGCCCAAACACAGUCGCGAGCACAGCUCAUCCAGAAGGAGGUCCCGCUCCCGAUCGAGGAGUCCCCACUAUCGGUACUGAGCGCCCAAGCUCCUCCAGGUCCUCCGCAGCCGCCGGAGAGCUCGGGGUCUACAGUGGCAUCCCCAUUCCAGUUUCGUUACCUUGUGACAUUUCCACCUUGUGUACAGAGGGUCCCGACUCGGAACACGUCUGCUGUCUCCUGCAUUUUAGGGUUAACGGCACCGGCCUGCAGGUUCACUGAGUUGGUUUUUGUUUUUUCUCCCUGGCAAGUGAGAUUGGACUGGUUGUUAAAUCUGCACUGGAUACAGAGCGCUGGGGGAUACAGAAUUCUAGGGGAUACUAGAGGAGAGACGAGCAUCAACAGUUCUCUUGAUCUCUUUCCUUUAGCCAAGGGCUUUCAGCCUGGGGCCCAGACCGGCAGCUCCUGGCACCCCUCAGACAGGGAGCAGGAGCUGACGUUAAGGUUGGGAGAGGAGCCUUCAGAUCCCACUUUUCCCGUUUCCAGAUGCCAUGACUCUGGGCAGCCUUGAUCCGUUCGAGCUCAGUUCAAGACUUUUAUUUCUCAAGUGGACAUAUGCAGCGAGCUCCAGCAAAAUCAGUAAUUAUUAGGUAAUGGGCCUGAUGUUUACAGCUGCAGAUAAAGGAGCUCUUAAGCACAUUAUCUCAGUUUUCUGUAAGACUGUUUUAAGAGUUCAGUGCCAGCCUAGCAGAUAGAUUUUAUUUCAGGCAUGCUGCACACAAUUUAAAGGAAAGUCCUGCAGGUAAGUUUGCCCAGGGUCCUGUCAUACUGGGUCAUUUCUGUCACUGGAACUUAAUAAAUAUGACCUCCCACAAAACUGAAUGUAAAAACCAGAGAGAGAUCUGCCCUUCAAAAUGUAAAAGAAAUCAUUAUUUUGAGGCAUUUUCUCCUACCUGCUUUGAAACUAUUUUUUCUGUGUCAUUUCUCGGGCCGGUGUACAUAUUUUUGAUGCUGUUUGUGAACAAUUAAAUGAAAUUCCAAACAGA